AUGGUGAACCCAGGUGACUCGAUCUCCUCCGCCCUGACAGACGCGAGUGCCGGAGACGAAAUCCAAGUCGCGGCCGGCAGCUACUCGGAGCCCUCUGUUGUGGUCGCCAAGCCGAACCUCACCCUGAGGUUGAUGGGCGAGGUGGUCGUUACAGUGCAAGGUGCAGAUACUGAGUGGCUCACGAUUCAAGGCGUGUCGUUCGGAAUGCUCCAGGACCGUUUGAACCUCACCGGUGGGAUUGGUUUGGAUGAUGGUGGUGCGAUACUGCAGGACAAUGACAUCGUUAUGACGUUAGCGGAUGUCAAUAAUGCCGUUGGCGCCGACAUCAGGAACGGGACGUGGACUCAAAGCGGUGAGCUCGAGGUCAGGGUGUUUCCCACAAACCUUGACUUCACUAUGACCGGAGUGCAUGUGGCGGCGGGCGCGCAGUGGAAGCAAGCUGGCGCCUUUGUGGAGGCACACACCGGACCCUUCGUCACAGUGGUUCUGCUGGAUGGCGUGUGGAAACAAGAUGGCCCUGUCACUAUCUCCGCGGACCAGGGGAGAGCUGUGAGGAUGAACUCAAACUCGCAGUGGAUCGGAACGGCGUCUGUCGAUCUAACCCACUCUGGCUACCUGGCCUCUGGAGUUUAUAUGGGUCCCAUGGGUAAGUGGACGCAGAAUGGCAACAUUGCGCUUACGGUGGCUUCCACCUCUACCAUUACGGUUGGAGUGGAUGGACAGAGCGAGAGCUAUCCGUCGCCCGACAAGACGUGGAACCAAAACGGCCCGGUGUCGCUCAAUGUCACGGGCAGCUUGGCCUCGGGCCCCAAUUGUGCGCAGCUUGUGUUCCCAUCGCCGACUCCGGCUUUCAUUAUCUCCAACUCGACCAACCUGCAAUUUGCGCCCACACUCCUCAUCAACUUGACGACCGCUGCAGUCACCCUUCUGCCUCAAGGUACCUUUCCAGAUUCGAAUCUCUCUUCAAACAAGAAGAAGCAGCUGGUUCACAAAGAGCGCACAGAUUCGAGCGGGCAGCAGCAGAGCUCGGCCGCCGUGAGUCUCUCCUUGGGCACCAUCAGCAGCUCCAACACCAACAACUCCACACGCACAGCCACCGUCGUGAAUGGAACGUGGGCCACUGUGGAGAACAACACGCUCGGCGCCGACCAGUCGUUCAUCUAUUCGUGUGCUCUUCAAUUUGACUCCGACAGCGACGCGAAGGGUAUAGCAGAAGGGGCGAUGCUGGGCCUGCAGUACUAUCUCUUCUCCAACACCACCGAGGUCAAUCUGGGAGGCGACACGCCGGUCAAGUUCAACGUGUCGCCGGCCUUUGCCAAGUUCACCGUGCGCCUCACCGACUGGGUGUGGCAGUCCGACGACCCCAACGAGCGUGCCGAAGUGCGCGUGGCCAUCACGCCCGCCUUCACGGGCUUCAGCGAAGUGGCCGGCGACGAGGUCGACUUCGUGCGCGAGUUCGCCCUCACAGGCCAGCAGACCACUUACUCGGGUCGCGCGUCGACUCGGGUGCGGCUGGUGGAAGCUGUGGAGCUCGACGGCAAGCUCGUGACGGCCAAGGAGGCGGGCAGCAACGGGCGCAAGGCGGUGGAGUUCACACUGGACGCCACCAGCUCAAGCCUGGUGGUGUCGUUUGCGCGGUUCAACACGAGCGCCGUCUACGAUCCUGAUCUGGGGGUGCUGUUGACGGGGCGGAGCGGCGAUGGAGGAGGAGGAGGCAGCAGCGACAAUACGGGUCUGAUCAUCGGGGUGGCGGUGGCGGUGCCGUUGGCCGUGCUCUUGGUGCUCGUGGUGAUCGUGUCGGCCGUGGCCAUCACUUAUUGGCGUAAGCGAAGCCAAUCGAGCAUCGCCGCCCACAACUCCAUCAACUUUCAGGCCGAUGACUCGGUACUCUAA